AUGGGUGAACCAUCAUCAUCCCCUCCCAAUGUUCAAAUCCCCAUUGUUGGCAUGACUUUUGAUUCUGAAAAUGAACUUCGUGAGUAUUAUAAUGCUUACGCACAAUCAAAGGGUUUUGGCAUUUGUAAGUUAGGAGCAAGAAAUGGGCAAGAUGGAAAGCAAAAGUGGUUCUCCAUUGCAUGUGCUAAAAAUGGUGUAUUUACUUCAAAAGGGAAAAAUAUUUUACAACUUAGACCUUCCAUCAAGACGAAUUGUAAGGCUAAGAUUAACGUUGCUAUUAGGAAUGAGUGUGAAUUUGAGAUUACUAGUGUCUACCUUGAGCACAACCAUAUAUUGAGCCCGGGAAAGUCUAGACAUAUUAGAUCUCACAAAGUUCUAGAUUCAAUUGCGAAGAGAAGAUUGGAAGUAAACGACGUAGCUGGAAUACCUUUGUCAAAAACAUUUCAAUCUAUUGUGGUUGAAGCUGGAGGAUAUGAGAAUUUGAACUUUGAUGAGAGAAGUUGUAGAAAUUUUAUUUCGAAAGCUAGAAGGUUGAGGUUAGGAAAUGGUGAUGCCGAAGCUCUUUGUCAAUAUUUCAACCGAAUGCAAAGUAGAUGUUUAAAUUUUUAUUAUCUUUAUGAUCUAGACGAGGAAUCCCGGAUAAAGAAUGUAUUUUGGGCUGAUGGUAGAUGUAGGGCUGCUUAUGAGUAUUUUUCGGAUGUCAUAACUUUUGACACAACAUAUUUGACAAACCGCUAUGACAUGCCUUUUGCUCCCUUUGUCGGGGUUAAUCAUCAUGGACAAUCUAUUUUGCUCGGAUGUGGAUUACUAUCUAGUGAGGAUUCUGAGUCAUUUAUUUGGCUUUUCAAAGCCUGGUUGUCAUGUAUGCACGGACGUGCUCCAAAGGCAAUAAUCACUGACCAAUGUCGAUCAAUGGCCAUUGCUAUUAAAAAAGUAUUUCCAAACACCAAUCAUCGUUUUUGUCUUUGGCAUAUCAUGAAGAAACUCCCUACAAAGUUGGCUGCUUAG